AUGAUGCUGGAACAGGCUGAAAUCAAGCCUAACGACAUGGUUGGCAGAGGUGUAGAAUUGUGUGCUAUGUUCGCACAUGGGUGUAACGAAGGCACAGGCCCUGCGGGUGUACCGCUGUCGACUGAUCAUCCAAUCAUAAUGGAGGAGUUGUCCUUUUUAAUAUUGUGGAUUUUCGCCCCAACUGGAAAACUUGAUGGGGAUACUGCAGACAGUCGUAAUAUUUCGGAUGCAGCUUCUAAAGCCAUCAAAAUGACACAUCGCAUAGGCUGUCGGAGACCACUCCUUGUACUCGGACACAUUACGUCGAGACCAAAAGACGCUGUCUGGAUGAAAAAAGAUUUUCCUCUGCUCAAUGCCAUUCUUGGUGCUAUGCAUGCCCUCUAUAACCCACUGGAACUGCGCAAGGCAUUUCCUGAGAAAGCGAGGAAGUUUGAUGCUCUCUUAAUGUUUGGUGCUUCGAAGAGUAUCUUGAGGGUGGCCUACGCGAUGGAGGAGGGACGACGCGUAGCCUGCGACAUCGCCGGUUCGGAUCCAAAGCGAAUGUCCGCUCCGCCAAUUGUCGAGUGCGAAAAAAGUGAAUUUGCCUCCACAUCCGUGGUGAUGAUGCAGGUUCGGGAGAUCAACAUUUGUGCAUAUCCUCUCAUGGCAGCUGUUAAUAGAGCCGCUUCGGGAGUUGAGCGGCACAAUGGAAAGGUGGUGCACUUGACUUACGAGGGUGCUUCACCGGCAGACACAACACUCUUUCUGAUUGGCAAGGGCAUCACCUACGACACGGUUGGGAUGGAUGUGAAGGCGGGCGGCGUGAUGGCGGGUAUGCACAGGGACAAGAGUAGGGCCGCAGCAGUAGCAGGUUGUUUUAGGAUCUUUAGUCUACUCAAACCGAAGGGCCUUUCAGUACAUGGUGCAAUGGCCCUUGUGCGCAACAGCAUCGGUUCCAACGGUUACGUAGCUGACAUGAUCAUCACUUCGUGUGCAGGUCGACUCGUCUAUGUGGGCAAACACCAACGCUCUGUGCGGCGAAAGAACAGGUUAUGUAAAUGUUUGCACCCCCUAUCCACAAUUAAAUUGUCGUCUGCCAUCAUGGACAACGGUCCCGCACGCAAGCCAGGCGUCGCAAGCGACCUACAGAGAGCAGGUGAUCAACACGAUCUAGAUUUGGAGAAGAAACAUCUGCCCUAUACCCAUCUCGACAUCGCCGGCAGCGCUGGUGGCAUUGACGUCCUGCCGAGCGGAGCCCCACUGCUAAUGUUUACCAGUAUGUACGUCCUCCCCCGCCUCUGA